GGAGGGCUCCUUGAACGCGCCCCGCCACUACGUCGGGCUGCUGCAGCUUCACAGUUUCACUUUUGUGUCCUGACGCCUUGAAGGCUGCUCUUGCUGGUGGCUCCCUUUGCUCCUAGGCUGAACAGAUAAGAGACCCCUCCCCGGCACCCCAGCACGUCCUUGCUUCACUUGGUGAGCCCAAAUACCUCGGCAGGGGUGAAGAUCAAGGAUCAUGACAUCAGCCUUUGAGAAAGUGGUCAAGAGUGUGAUCCAGGAGGUGGGUGGCAGCAGAGGAGAUCUCAUCCCAGUGGACUGCCUUGGGAAUUCGACCAGCUUCAGGCCCUACAGCCUCCUGAGCAGGAGAAUUUCAAGCUCAUGGUUUUGGAAACGACAUUAUACAUGUGUCAACCUGUCAAUCAAGGACAUCCUGGAACCCAGUGCUCCAGAACCAGAACCGGAGUGUACUGACCACUUCCAAGUCUCUGAUGUCGUCGAUGGGAACAUUCAGGGCAGUGUGGCAUUGUCAGACAUGGGAGAAGGGAGAAUUUCUGGUGCGGCUGCAGUGUCUGGCAGUUCCAGUGCCUCCAUGAGUGUGUGUAUACUGCGUGUGAAUCCGAACAUCUGGGCGAUCAUGCAGCGUGAAAGGCACCUGCAGCAGCCUGAGAAUAAAAUCCUGCAACAGCUUCGGAGCCGUGGGGAUGACGUGUUUGUCAUCACCGAGGUGCUGCAGACAGAGGAGGAGGUGCAGAUCACCCAGACCCACAGCCAGGAGGGCUCAGGCAAGUUUACACUGCCUGGAGCCUCAUGCUUACAGGGUGAAGGCAAGGGCCACCAAAUCCGGAAGAAGAUGGUGACCAUUCCUGCAGGUAGCAUCCUUGCAUUCCGAGUGGCCAAACUGCUCAUUGGCUCUACAUGGGAUAUCCUUUUCGUCUCGGAUAAGAAACAGAGAACCUUUGAGACCUACUCAGGCCACAGAAGAGGAGUGGACCAGAGGCACCAUAGCUUUAAACUGCUUGCUGCACUGCAGUCCAUCAGUGGGCAUUUCCAAUUCAUGUCAGAUGGAAACCAUGAGGAAGAAGUAAACAGGGAAGACUUCCAAGGCCUGUAUGCAGAGGUGAAGGCUGGCUCCUCAGAACUGGCGAGCUUGGAAAUGGUGUUGAGACAACAGCUUCUAGUGGACAUUGGGAGGAUUUUACAGGACCAGCCCAGCCUGGAAGCCUUAGAGACCUCACUAGAGCAGGGCCUGUGGAGUGGCGGGCAGGUGGAGCCUCUGGACGGCCCAGCAGGCUGCAUCCUUCAGUGUCUGGUGUUUGAUUCUGGAGAGCUGGUGCUGCAACUCGCGGCCCCUAUCUUCUACCUGUUGGGAGCACUGAAUGUGCUGAGUGAAACUCAGCGGCAGCUGCUGGCUAAGGCUAUGGAGACGACUGUACUGUCAAAGCAGCUGGAGUUGGUGGAGCACGUCUUGGAACAGAGCACCCCGUGGGAGGAGCAGUGCUCUGUGUCCCUGCCCUCCAGGCUCCUUGGGGACAGCUGGCAUGAGGAGGCUCCCACUUGGGUCUUGCUAGAAGAAUGUGGCCUAAGGCUGCAGGUGGAACCCCCCCAGGUGCACUGGAAACCGACCUCUCAGGGCCCCACCUGUGCCCUCUACGCCUCCCUGGCCCUAUUGUCAAGUCUAGGCCAGGAACCUCAUUAGCCUGCAGGCCUCCCUUCCAGCAACAUCUCCAUGUCCUAACCUCCAGCCAGGGCACCAUCUUGCCAAGCCCAGCCUCUAGAAAAGCCAAGUACCCAACUCAGUCACAGGGUUGGAAUGCAAUGAGACCCAGGAGUUGGGAAAACUCAAUAAAUGUACAAACAAAA